AUGUUCAUGAACCUGGACCUUCCUCUCGCCAGGGAGGUUAAAGAGACCAUGGUUCGUGACCCCAAGACCCAAGACCAGAGACCCAAGAUACCCCAAGACCCAAGACCAGAGACCCAAGAGACCCCAAGACCAGAGACCCAAGAGACCCCAAGACCCAAGACCAGAGAUCCAAGAUACCCCAAGACCCAAGGCCCAAGAGACCCCAAGACCAGAGACCCCAAGACCCAAGACCAGAGACCCAAGAGACCCCAAGACCAGAGACCCAAGAGACCCCAAGACCCAAGACCAAAGACCCAAGACCAGAGACCCAAGAGACCCCAAGACCAGAGACCCAAGAGACCCCAAGACCCAAGACCAGAGACCCAACAGACCUCAAGACCCAAGACCAGAGACCCAAGAGACCCCAAGACCCAAGACCAGAGACCCAAGAGACCCCAAGACAUCCAGACUCUCCAAUACACAAAUGAUGAGGCUGAUCUUUGUGCACAAUGUUGGUCAAAAAGUAGCAAUAUGGGUCAAAAACGUAACAAUAUGGGUAAAAAACGUAGCAAUAUGGGUAAAAAACGUAGCAAUAUGGGUAAAAAACGUAGCAAUAUGGGUAAAAAACGUAGUAAUAUGGGUCAAAAACGUAGCAAUGUGGGUCAAAAACGUAGCAAUAUGGGUAAAAAACGUAGCAAUAUGGGUCAAAAACGUAACAAUAUGGGACAAAAAACGUAG